UGAUCUCCUACCAGACUGAAAGACCACGUGAUCAGCACUUUAAACCAACAUGGCGGCGCCCUCUGCUUUGAAGUGUGUUGUGAAAAGAGGAUGUGCUGUGCUCUUUCGGAAAGGAGCCAGUGUCUGGAAGAGCCAGCAUUCCCUUCAGCAGCACAGGUGUUUCUUCUGGAGAAGACAGGAGAGCUCCUCUUACAGCGUGGUAAAGCCAGCUGUUGUAGGGCCCGCCCACCCUGUUCCUCAGCACAUAAUGAAGCCAGACUAUGUGACGACAGGCAUUAUACCAGACUGGGGAGACUACAUAGAAAUUAAAGAUGAAGAUCAGAUUCAGGGGCUUCGACAGGCCUGUCAGUUGGCGCGCCACAUCCUGCUUCUGGCUGGGAGGAGCGUGAAGGUUGGCAUGACGACUGAAGAAAUAGACUGUAUUGUUCAUCAAGAAACAAUCAGGCACAAUGCCUAUCCCUCUCCUUUGGGUUAUGGAGGCUUUCCAAAAUCAGUCUGCACCUCUGUGAACAAUGUGGUAUGUCACGGUAUACCUGACAGUCGGCCACUCCAAGAUGGAGAUAUCAUCAACAUCGAUGUCACAGUUUAUUUGAAUGGUUACCAUGGUGACACCUCCGAGACGUUCCUGGUUGGUAAUGUGGAUGAGCGGGGCAGAGUCCUGGUGGAGGCAGCGCGGAGGUGCCGAAAUGAUGCGAUCGCAGCCUGUGAGCCAGGAGCCCCUCUCUGCAUUAUUGGAAACACAAUCAGAAAGGGGAAAGCACUACAUUCUUACUCAAGCAUUCUAUCAAGCUCUGCAUUCAUGGCUGUGUCUAAAGGGCAUGUCAGCCUUUUGAUUCUCUCUGAGAGAGGGUGCCACUCUGAAGGCGUGGAUGCAGCUGAACUCCAGUCGGCCCCUAAUACAGCUAAGUAUUUAAUUGGGAAAUUUGCAUGCUUCUCAUUUAGGGGAGAAUGCAUUUCAUGAGACAUGUUCUCCAUUUAAUCAGGCUAUGUUACAAAGAUCGGGGGAAAAAAAAACCAAAUACCUAGUUGACACAGCCUUCCCUGUAAGGAUCUUUUUUCCCCUUGUGCAGUGCUCAUUCGCUAUGCCAAAAGGCUGGCUCGAAACAAAAAAAGCCAUGGCUUUUAUUACAUUUUUUACUCCUUUCUUGAGACGGUGUUUAUUUCAUUUUUCAGCCCCUUUUUUUAAUUUGGAGCCAGGUUUGUUUUAAGCAAUACCUUCCUUUCUGAUGGUUUUGCUAACUGGCAGCAACUGAAAACCCGAGCUUGCUCAUAUUUGCAACUGGUUUCUUUAUACGCAGUUGAUGCAUUAAGUGCUAGCAAUUUAUUGAAACACCUUUUUCCACAAUGUCUAACUCAAAGGUAAUUGGUCGUUUUUAGACCAAUUUCAGGCAGGUGUUAUGGUUUCCAGUGUGCUCUGACCCCUGCUGGUUUUGUAAUAGGUAGACUGUAUUGGUUUUUACUGCAGCAUCUUUCACAGACUCCCAUUGAACUGCGAUUAACCACAGUGUGGGAUCCACAGGGCUUGUGCUGAGAUGAAUUUGCACUAACCUUUAUUCUGAUGACAGUUCAAACGCUCAGGUGUUUGUCUGAGCUAUGCAGAUGGGCGCAACGAAACUGAGAUAUGCCAGGUGAAAGUCACCAUUGAGUUAUCUUUGAAAGUUACCUUUAAUAAGACUUUAAUUCCAAUACAAGAAAGGGGCAUUUGAUAAUAUACAUACUGUAUUACUCCUAUAUAUUUUCACCAUUUGUUUUAUUGUGAUUAUUGGUGUAUAUUCUUUGAAAUGGAAGGAGGGUGUUUUGAAUGUUGCAUGUUCAGCCUUUCCUUCUGUCGAACAAUUGACAUUUUCAUAAUAUUAUUUCUUGUGCUGAUGUGCAAGUUGAAUUCAGACAUAGGCAGUAGUAAUGGACCAGUAUGAGUUCAUCUCAUUCAAGACUUUAUUAGGACAAGCAUUCUUUACUACAUAAAAUAGGAACAAAAUAACAUACAAAUUUAAUUCUGGACAGCUAUUCAAGACCCCCUUCAGUAGGUCCAUCUGCUUUGCAGUUGGAUCCUUUUUAAUCCAGCAGUCUCUGAUGCAGAGCGAAGAUUAGGCAGAGGUUUCGUUUGUCUUCUUCCAGGCAUAAGAGAUGCGGUGCAAACUAUCCUGAACCUUGUUCGCUCUUUGGACACACAUCUGGCUUGUGAGAUGUUCAAAUACAAAAAGUAAUUCUUCCUAGCCAGACUCUUGUAUACAUCUAUAGUCUUCUUGGAUCACAUUCUAACAAUAAUCAUUUUAAAAUAAUAUUACAGACAGAUGCUGGCAUUCAUCAGAAGACUACCUGUGAUUUUCGCUCAUGUACAUGCUCAAACAUUCUAAAUUGAGACAAAAGUGUCUAUGCCUGUGCUACAGUUUUUUGGCGAUUUAAUUGUCUGGUGAGAAACAUGAUUAAUUUUUGCAAGAACACAGAAAUUGGAGAUACUCGUGUAGAGAAUACACCCAGCCCUCUCAUUGUGCUGGCACAAUUUAGCCCCAAGUAGCACUGCUUCACCAGCAGCUGCUGUGAUUCUUGAAUGGUUCCACAUCUUAUAUGCUGGAAAAGGUUCUGUAUACACAAACUAAAAACACAGGAGGAACAUAAGACCUACUAAAUACCUUUUGAAAUUCUUCAGUCUGCUUGUCUAUAAAACAUACAUGGUAAAGCCCAGAGGUAUUUCAUUUUGCCAGGAUUCUUUAUAGCUGCAGUGCUAGUGUCCAUUUGAUGUUUGUUUUUUAUUUAAUUUGCUUUGUACUUUAAAAAAGUACAAAUUUUAAAGAUGUGCUCUUAAUUCAAAUUAUUUUUAAUAAGCAUAACAUAAAGAUGCUGCAGCAUGUAUGUAGCUACUUGUAAUUCCUUAUUAUUGUUAUUAUUAGUAAUAAAUCACAUGGUCUCCUUAUAGCGUUUCCGAUUAGCUUGAGUGAGAACUGCUUCUUGUCUGUUUAAAUUCAUCACAGUAGGAACAGCAAUCAGUGUUUUCUGUACUAUAAUAAAUAUUGUUUAAGCCAAAGAAUGUGAAUGUAGAAAAAAAAGUGCUUUUGGGCUUGUUUGAGAUUUGUAGCCUUUUGAUCAAGUCAAUUGAAUGUUUCCAAGUAUAACACAAUGAAAUGUUGAAUCUGGCAAACAGGCAAAACUGCUCCAGACCUAUAAAUAAUGGUUCCUGAAUACACAAAUAGUAGCUCACGGCACCAAUUUGUUUAAGUCUAAGCUGAUUAUUUUUUUUUAUCUGUUUUGAGAAUUUACAUGGUACUUUGCUUUUUACACAACUAAGUUUUUAUGUUCUUAAUUUUCUGUUUAAACCAUAGUCAGAGAGCUAAUUCCUAUGGACUGCAAGUCUGCCCAUACUUCAUUGGUCAUGGGAUUGGAACCUACUUCCAUGGUCACCCUGAAAUAUG